AUGUCUUUUCGUGAGGUCAAGUAUGGUACAGCGGCGUCUGAAUCACCUCUACAGUGCAGUAAUAGCGGUAGUGACGUGUUUUGCGCAGGUUUUUACGUCGAUGUUUUCCGAUAUUUUUGUAUAAAAGGGGAUACGAGCGAUACUAUCUUCAGUCCACGAGUAUUUGCUUUGUACUGCGGCAGAAGUUCUACAGACUCAAGCAAAAAUGAAUACUCUUCAAAUUCUCGUAGUUCUUAUGGCAGUAUGCUGUGCAAGUCAAGGGAGACAUAUCCGUUCCAGGCGUUUUGUAAACCAACCACCAUCAGGUUUAUUCCCGCCAGGCAACAAUCAUCUGGAUAUCCAAGCGAUUAUGGCACUCUUGAAGAAUCCAAUGAUGAUGAAAGGGCUUGGUCAGGUUAAUAGUCAACAACAACAACAACAACCGCAGCAGCAGCAGCAACAACUAGGAACGGGUCAAAUUCCACAAGCCGAAGUGACCCAACAUACAAAGAAUCAAGGACAAGUUCAGGGACAGACACCAACACAAAAUGGAGGUCACGGUCAGCAAGGUCACACAAACAAUGGUCAGACACAACAGGUCCCCGUCCCAGCUCCAGCUGCCAAUACUCUAAAGACUGUCGAUCCAAUGCAGCAGCUUAUGGGGUCUUCAAACAUGUUCACCGACCCAAUGUUUUUACAAUACUUGGCGAGAAGGGUAAACAUGAUGAAGCCCAAAUACAGGAGAGGAGACUUUAUCCCCCAAAAAGGCCUCUUCCCGGGAGGAUAUGUGAUAUCUGCUGAUGGUAGUGAUGCUGAAGUGAGGGACAUAUAUGGAAGGUUGCACUCAAUUGAUGGUGGCAUUUUCCAAGCAUAAAGCUUGUGCAGACAUUUUCACAUUGUGAUAGAUUUACAGGAUCCGACUUUUCUUUUGCCUGCUGGACGGGCAUAUCACAGAUCAUACAAUUAAUGUAGAUUCUCACUGCAAUGCAUCUCAUGUACAUACAAGUGUUUCAUGGUCUAUAAACACCGACUUCAUCUUUGUCCAUCAAAACUUUACAUAAUUUUGAUAGAAGUCUCUCUUUUUUGAUAAAUAAAAUUUCUGUUAAACAUA